AACUACCACUUCCACCGUACGAGCUGUGCGCCUGUAUGCCGUUUUGAGCGGCUCCAGUUGAUCCAGACAGCAUCACUUGUCCGGAAAGUUCAACACAAGGAUCACCACACAAAGAUUUCAGAGGGAGCGACCAACAAAUCCCAGAACAAACAAAGAGACAAUCAAGAAAAUCAAGAGUUAAUCAUGCAUAUGGAAGCACUACCCAUGGAGACAACAAAUCCGCUACGUGCGGUCGUGCUGGUAUCCGCGGUCGUGAUCAUGCUGUCACUGAGCUCGUGCUGCGCCUCGUCGUCGUCGGGCGGCGGGCAGCAGCUGCAUCCGGUGAUACUCAUCCCGGGCUCCGGCGGCAACCAGCUGGAGGCGCGGCUCACGGACGACUACAGGCCGUCGACCCUGACGUGCCGGGUGUGGCCGCCGGUGCGCGGGCGCGGCGGGUGGUUCCGUCUGUGGUUCGACCCGUCCGUCCUGCUCGCGCCCCUCACCCGCUGCUUCGCCGAGCGGAUGAUGCUCUACUACGACCGCGACGCCGACGACUACCGCAACGCGCCCGGCGUCGAGACCAGGGUCUCCGACUUCGGAUCCACCUCCACCCUCCGAUACCUCGACCCAACCCUCAAGCUACUGACGGGGUACAUGGACACCCUGGCGAGCACGCUGGAGACGGCGGGCUACGAGGAGGGGCACACCCUCUUCGGCGCGCCGUACGACUUCCGCUACGGCCUGGCCGCGCCGGGGCACCCGUCGCAGGUGGGCAGCGCGUACCUGGACCGCCUCCGGCUGCUCGUGGAAUCCGCCUGCGCGGCGAACGGCGGCAGGCCGGCGAUCCUCGUCGCGCACAGCCUCGGCGGGCUGUACGCGCUGCAGCUGCUGGCGCGCGCGCCGCCCGCCUGGCGCGCUGCGCACGUGAAGCGCCUGGUCACGCUCUCGGCGCCGUGGGGCGGGUCCGUGCAGGUGAUGCUCACCUUCGCGUCCGGCAACACCCUGGGCGUGCCGUUCGUGGACGCGUCCCUCAUCCGCGCCGAGCAGCGCAGCUCCGAGAGCAACCUCUGGCUGCUGCCCGCGCCCAGGGUGUUCGGCAACACCACGCUCGUCGUCUCGGAGCGGCACAACCGGACCUACUCCGCCAAGAACGUCACGCAGUUCCUGCAGGACAUCGGGUUCGCCGAGGGCGUGGAGCCGUACCGGGCGCGGACGCGGCCGCUCGGCGAGGUCCUGCCGGAGCCCGGCGUGCCGGUCACGUGCCUCGUGGGCACCGGCGUCGACACGGUGGAGAGCCUCGUGUUCGGGGCGGACGGGUUCGACGCGGGGCCCGUCAAGGUGGUGUACGGCGACGGCGACGGGACGGUGAACCUGGCCAGCCUCGUGGGGCCGAUCAAGGCCUGGUCCGACUCGCCGGCGCAGGUCAUCGAGGUGGUGGAGCUGCCCAAGGUGUCGCACUCGGGCAUCCUCAAGGACAAGAGCGCGCUCGACCAGAUCCUCCGGAUCGUCGAUUCCAUCAACCUAAACGCCACGAGAACGAGCCAAUGAUCCAGCAGUCCACUUAGCUACGGAAUGAAACACCUUUUAUCGAUUAGAUUUGGGAAUUUACACUAAUUUGGUUUGUGCCAUUAAUUAUUUGCUAGCUACAGAAAUGUGUCAUUGUUCUGUUAGUUUUCAAUAGAUGUAAAAUAUUUGAUAUGCCACGGCUGGAAGAAGUGUUGUAUAUACAUUCAAGUUUUGGCAAGU